CCCCCAAAAGGAAAAAAAAUAGGAAGAAAAAAAAAUCGAACAAAACAGAAGAGGGAGAAAGCUUGGGGAGGAGGAGCUCGUCGCGAUCGAUGGAGGUGGGAGCGAAGGUGCCCAAGAAGGCCGGCGCCGGCGGCCGCCGCGGCGGCGGCGGGCCGAAGAAGAAGCCGGUGUCCCGCUCCGUCAAGGCCGGGCUCCAGUUCCCCGUCGGCCGUAUCGGCCGCUACCUCAAGCAAGGCCGCUACUCCCAGCGCAUCGGCACCGGCGCCCCCGUCUACCUCGCCGCCGUCCUCGAGUACCUCGCCGCCGAGGUGCUCGAGCUUGCGGGGAACGCGGCGCGGGACAACAAGAAGAACCGGAUCAUCCCGCGGCACGUGCUGCUGGCGAUCCGCAACGACGAGGAGCUCGGGAAGCUGCUGGCCGGCGUCACCAUCGCGCACGGCGGGGUGCUGCCCAACAUCAACCCGGUGCUGCUCCCCAAGAAGACCGGCUCCGCCGCGGCCAAGGAGGCCAAGGAGGGUAAGACCCCCAAGUCGCCCAAGAAGGCCACCACCAAGUCGCCAAAGAAGGCGGCGGCCGCUUAGGGCACACGCAAUGCCGGCUUGGUGGUGGUGUCCCCCGCUUCCCUCUCCCUCUUGUCUGAACUGAAACGCUCCUAUCUGUUGUCAAUCGUCAUCAUCAUCGUCUUCGUUGCAUGCUAUAUCAUUUGUCGUGAAUCGGUUCGGUUGUUUGUACGUAAUUUGUGGUGUUUUCUGAAUAGAUGGACAGUCAAGCCAAUCAGUUUGUACCCGUGUAGGUUAACACCGGUGUAGGGUCGAGGAGUGUGGUCUGGGCAGAGGGAUGGGGGAACUGUGAAUUGUUAGAUGCUGCCUGUAAUAAUAUUGUUAAGAUUUGGAUAAUUUCGAACAAUUGAUCUGUGUUUGGUAGUGGAUGCACAUAUAUGCCUCCUGGUGGGUUAUUUGGUUCUUCGUUUGUGUUUGGGUAAUUAUUGAAAAUAGCAUUGCCAUUUGGGGUGCUUGGGUGGUUGGGGAAAUGCUGUUUCUCAUGUUAUGUAGUGGCACUUUUUAGCUUGAUAUCAUGUAAUGUGAUUGCUUUACAUACAUUAUGAGAUUGUAUUCA